GUUGCGGUCGAUUUCCCACCAACGAUGUCGGCCGCCAUUCAAGAUCCUCGGUGUCCUGAGAUCGACGAGAAGUGUGUGAUUGUUCGCUCUGCGACGGACACGCUGGACCAGGAAAGGAUCCGCCCUGCCACGAGGCAGCUGGCGAUCAAGAUCAUAAACCGGAGCAUCGUGUCGUCCGACGAAGUUGCUCGUCUCGCCGGAGAAGGGGCAGAUGUCAACGCGGCCGUUAGUCUUCGUGUCGGCAUCGACGAAACCGAGCCCCGCGACUUGCUAUCUGUUGCGAUUGAUGAGGCAUGCACCGUGGAAGCCAUGUCCUUGAGUGUUGGUUCGUGGACGAAUGAGGACAACACUUUCAAGGGAGUCAAGCUUCCUAUGUGGCCAUCGAGCGAGAUGCAGCGGGCGGUGCUCGAGGCACUCAUCGCCGCUGGUGCUGACGUCGACGGUGACUCCUCCGACUGCAGCCCAGCUUAUAUGGCUUUUGCCAAUCCGACGGCCAUGGACAUUCUUCUUAAGGCUGGGACGAAGACACGAGACAUGGACUUGGGUUUUCUCCCACGGGAUGAACUCAUUCCUUCCCCGCCGAGCCCCCACUACGAAGCCGCACUGCUCGCCGUUUAUCGCUUACUUUUUCAGCACGACCCACCUCUCGCAACUGAACAAACUGCUGACGGCGAAACGCCCAUCCAGGCGGCAGGAUAUAUCACGACCGAGGUAUCGCCGGGCUUCAUGCACGCCUACCUGGAUCUCUUGGCUGCAAACGGCGCCUCCCUCACCGUGAGAGACAAGGAUGGAGACUCCCCACUUGACAUCGCUGUGGCUCAGGGCGCUCUGCAUGUUGUUGAUUGGCUGUGCGGGAAGCUCGGGGCUGCGGAGAUUAACGAGAAUUAUGCAAAAAUCUACGUAGCCGCCACUGGGGAGGUCCUCACAGAAGGGUCCUCUUUGUGUGAAGAGGGCACGACGCCAUUUCAGGCCGCGGGCGAAGUGCUUCGUGAUGCCCUAAGGGAUAAGGUCUCAGCAGCGGAGAUUGAAAGGCGGAGGCAAGUCAUCCGGCAACUGCUGCAACAUGGUGCAUCCGUCAAGCUCCUCCCAAGCACGACGGCCUCAGAACGUCUCAUCCGCAAAUACGUUCUCGAGAUUCAGAGAGGUAUGGGCGAGACGAGUGCUCCAGCACAGCAGCAGAAGAGGGGAUGUGAAGCCGCUACAGCCGCUAAGAUGGCCGAGGAGCUGAUAGCUGAGGAAGCGAGAGAAAAGACCAAGAAAAACAAAAAGCGCGGCAAGAAGAGAACCAAAAGCGGCCACGACCAAGAACGACAGCACUUGGUGUCUGAGGCGAUUGAUGAGGACGAUGAGCCGUCAGUGUCGUCGACAACACCUGCCAACCCCAGGUCAGAUAAGCACACAAUAAGCACACAUACGCGGCGGCGGCCAUUUUUUCGCGGUUCUUCACUGUAUUGUGUUGUGUGUGUGGGGGUCGUUCCUUCAUCAUCGUCGUACGAUGGUGCAGCUCCCGUGUCUGCGGACAAUGACAAUGAUGGUGAGUUUGUCCCUGUCAUUGGCCAUCGCAGAAAGGCCAAACAGAGACACAGCGCUAACCGACAGCAGCAGCAGCAGCCGGCUCCUGCCAACUCGACACAGACACCCAAGUAGGCAUGCCGCAUUCAUUUGGAUGUAUGUGUGUGGUAUCCCCUCUGUGUCUCUGUUGGUGUUGAUUCAGUAUGGGCGGCCGGCCUUUCCCAUCGUCUGCUGUCCGCCCCCCUGCCGGCCAAAGCAAUCGGAGUCCCAUACCGACAGACAUUCGCACACGCCGGUGCACAGAUAGAGACACAGAGAGGGCCAUGUGAAAGACCUGCUUGGCGACAUGUAUAUGUCAUGCUUCAGCAGCCCGCCGCCCCUCGCCCCGAUGGCAGUUGUUCAGCCGUCGGCCAGCCGCUCUGCAUACCCACCCGCUCAUGUCGGUCCACACGGCCUGACCGUGCGUCAGGACGCUAAUCGAGUGUCAGCAUGGACCAACCGAAACAACGGCAGCACUGGUGGCAAUCGCGGGCCAAUGCCGCCUACGUUCCCCCCAGCCGCCGCCACGAUGGACCAUCCCAAUCGACUCGCACAACUGACCAACACAGGCGGACAAGAGAGCACUGCAGGCGGACGUGACAGCGAACAUCUGGCGGAUCAGCUCUGCCGGCAUCUGGAGCAGACACAGCUGGCCGCCAAAAAGAAGGAGGAUGUGCUGAUACGUCAGCUGCAAGAGACACAAUGGAAGUCAGCCAAUCGAACCAACAAGGGGGGGAUCGGAGAGACACGACAUCCCCCCUGUUGUUUGUCUAUGCUGUUUCCUCUGCAGACUUGCUCAGGCGAUGAACGCCCGCCAGCAGCCCAGCUCACCAUCAUCGAGCAGCGCCCCUUUGGCUGCAGCGGACGAUGGCGAACAUUUCAAGUGUGACGUGUGCAUGGACAAAGACAAGUCCAUUCUGCUCAUCCCAUGUGUAAGCACACCUGCGUGCAGGUGAUCGAUGCCUCCCUCCAUGUUUCCCUUUCGUCUGCAUGGUAUUUGUUAUGUGUGUGUGCAGCGUCAUUUGUGUAUGUGUGGUGAGUGUGCCGAUCGGCUGAUGGGCGGCCCUUUGGCAAAGCGGCUGUGUCCGAGAUGCAGACAGCCAAUCACAGACACACAGCAGGUGUACUUGUGAAUGGGCAGAGGGCAUGUGGGUGGUGGCUGCUGUGAGAUGCGCUGCACGCCAUGGAUGUCUUGAGAGAUGUGUCUGUGUGGACCAAGAAGUGUUCUCGAGAGAGAGGCG